UUCAUGCAAUAAAUAACCUCUACUAUGAUCACAAUCUUUCUUUGUAAUAACCUGCAAGAAACCCUUCAAGGUCCUAUCUCAUUAAUUAUCAAACUCGAAUCCUUUUCAGUUCUUUAUUUACUGGAAAACUAAAGGGUUUACUUCAAUUAUUGCAGAAAUUUUCUGGAGAAUUGAUAGUUGAAUAAAAUGAGGAACGCCCUUUAUUCAACCGUCUCUUCACAGCCUUACAACUUUGGAAACAACGAAGUUCAGAUGCCAAAUUGGGACGUCUCCAUGUUGCAGGUUGAUAGUAUCGUAACAAAUAUCCACAGAAAUGGCUUUUCCGUGGAUUCCAGAUCAUACAAAGAUGACAACCAGCUGAGAGAUGGCGGUUUUUCUGUUUCUUGUCAACCCCUCAUAGACUAUCAACAAGGUUUUCAGUCUAUUUCCGCCAGCUUUGACAACAUUUCUCAGCACUCACCGAUGCUUACUCGAAAGCGUUCACUUCCACAAUUUGAAGUGGAUUUUCAGUCCCUGCAAAAUGGCCUACUGCCACAAGAAGGAAUCAGUGAUCUUGUUAGCGACAACACAUCUUUAAACGUGUGCAAGAAGAUUAAUAAGAAGAAGAAAGGGAACACAUCCUGUGAAGAACAAUGGCAUCAUCAUCAAGUCAUCAACGCAUCAACUGAGCAAAAGUUGCAGGUGCCAGUAAGGAGAAGCCAAAAACUAAGUGACAAAAUCACAGCUCUUCAAAAACUGGUUUCCCCAUAUGGCAAGACUGAUACAGCUUCAGUUCUCCAAGAGGCUUCUCUUUACAUCAAACUCUUGCAAGAGCAAAUUCAGAAUUUGUUUCAGAUGCUCAGUAGCUCAUACAGCAGUGCCAGAGUUCUUCAUUCACAGGAAAUAACAGAGGAAGAGAUAGACCUGAGAAGCAGAGGGCUUUGUUUGGUUCCAACAUCAUAUACACAGAAAGUAACAAAGGAAGAUCUGGUUGAUCCUCACAAUAUAUCAAGAAAUUAAAAACUUUUAGCACCAUUUACACCCACCUUGACCGCAUAACCCAAAUACCAUUUUGUUUCUGCUCAAUUUUUAUAUCUUAUGACAGCAAAGUAGCCAUUGAAGAUAAUCUGUCUUCUUUAUAACAAAAUGAUAUGUUCAAUUGAUACUAUGAUGGUUCAUAGUUUUUUA